CCUUUUGACCUUGAGCAACUAGGUUCACCAGGAAUCAGGUUCUUUGGGUAUGGCCGAAAAUAUCGGAGCUAGUGCUUCAAAUGAUGAUGGCUGUCUCAAAGAGCAAGACCGUUUGCUUCCAAUAGCCAACGUUGGCCGAAUAAUGAAGCAAAAUCUGCCUCCUAAUGCAAAAAUCUCAAAGGAAGCAAGGGAAACUAUGCAAGAAUGUGUUUCAGAGUUCAUUAGCUUUGUCACUAGUGAAGCAUCUGAGAAGUGCAAGAAGGAAAGGCGCAAGACUGUUAAUGGAGACGAUGUUUGCUGGGCUUUGGCUACUCUAGGUUUUGAUUACUAUGCAGUGCCACUAAGAAGAUACUUGCACAAGUAUAGAGAGCUUGAAGGAGAUAAAGCAGCAAAUCAAGACAAGGUUAAUAACAGCAACAGUACUAUUGAAGACAAGGAGGAACAGUACUCAUAUGGAAGAAACCAGGUUGUAGCUCCAAUUCCAUUGAAGUUCAGCAUGAGAAGCAGUAACAACUCCAAUCUGGGGCCAUUUAAUUGAGGUUUUAGAGUUGUUUUCUAGCUUAAUUUAACCAUGAUAGCACAAAUCAACAAGAUCGGGUCCUAUAUUUACUUGAUUUAAUGUGUUCUGUUGGAUAGAUCAUAUGACAGGCAACCUAUUGACCUGAUCUACUGAGGCUGCUUUUAUUUCAUGUAUGGAAUUUGUGCAUCAUGGUUUUCACCCAAACUUCUGCAGUUUUUUGUUUGUUUGUUUGAUUGAGAUACAAAAUCAAUCUUAGCUUUGGGAAUUAGGAGAACUAAAUUCAUAUGUUAUAUAUGAUACUGAUUUGUCUAGCUUGUAUAUAUUUUGGAAAUAUUGGUAUCUUAUACUUGAAUGUUGGAUCUGGUUCAAGACCCAGCGUCGGUGAUGACAAGAUAUUUCAUUGUUUCAGCCCGUCUGCAACAACAAGGAAGCCAUCAGGUUAGUCAAACAGUACUUUUCUCAUUCAGGAAAUUCAGAAGGUAGUCCUGAAAUUUGCUUACUUGGUAGUUGGUCCAUAAUGCUUGAAUCUGGGUGUUCAUCUUCACAAUAAGCACGUCAAUUUAGUUACUUUACCCCUUUACCUGGUUGUCUGAAGUCAGACUAUGUUUGGAAUCGAGCCCGGUAGGAGGGCUUCCAACGCACCAACAUGUGCGUUGGGAGCCCCCCUACUGAGCUUCCAAAUGAACUGUAAGACCCAGUAUCACCUGUACCAGAUAUACAAGAAUCAUAGCCAUUUUUUUCCUUUAUAAUUUCUAGUAAGUCCACAUCUUUUGUAGUAUCAACAGUGGCAGAUGUUGACUCGGUUAAAGUAUCUAUCUAGGAUUAGGGUUCCUUUAGCUUGGGGCCACCAUUUAGUAUUAGCUGAAUACUGUUUAAACCAAAACAAGUCCUGCGCAAGCUCACGACAUUGAUCUCAUUUAAUGAAUUGGGUCAUUUUGGGUUUAUUAUAUGUACAAUUGCUAUUGACCUUCUGAGGCUUUACCACAUUUAAGGUUCAAGAGAUUAGGGUUUCUAUUGUUUUACA